GGGGGAGCUCGCAGGGGGACGGUGGGGCGAGGCCCCGGCCCCACUGUCCCCGCGGCCCCUCCCGCCCCUGCAGCUGGCAGCGGUGCCCCUGGCAGCCGUGCUCACGCGGCAGCCGGGCAGGAGGGGGCGGGGCGGAGUCGGCGGCGGCAGAGGCUCCCUCCUCGGCGCCCAGGGGACCGGGGCGGGGGCGGGGUGCGGGAGGUGGCGGGGCGGAGCCGUGAGCAGCUGCGGCGGCAAGUCUCCAGGGGGAGCCAAGGACCUGUUCGUCCUUCUUCGGGCUACAAGAAGGCAGAGGAUGAGAUGUCCCGGGCCACGUCUGUUGGAGACCAGCUGGAGGCACCAGCCCGCACCAUUUACCUCAACCAACCGCAUCUCAACAAAUUCCGUGACAACCAGAUCAGUACGGCCAAGUACAGCGUGUUGACGUUUCUACCUCGAUUCUUGUAUGAGCAGAUUAGAAGAGCUGCUAAUGCCUUCUUCCUCUUCAUUGCCUUAUUACAGCAAAUUCCAGAUGUGUCUCCAACGGGAAGAUACACCACCCUGGUACCACUGAUCAUUAUUUUAACAAUUGCAGGCAUCAAAGAGAUUGUAGAAGAUUUUAAGCGGCAUAAGGCAGACAAUGCAGUGAACAAAAAGAAAACAAUAGUGUUAAGAAAUGGUAUGUGGCAUACCAUUAUGUGGAAAGAGGUGGCGGUGGGAGACAUUGUGAAGGUCGUCAAUGGGCAGUACCUCCCAGCAGACAUGGCCUUGCUAUCCUCCAGUGAACCACAGGCAAUGUGCUAUGUUGAAACAGCCAAUCUAGAUGGGGAGACGAACCUUAAAAUACGUCAGGGUCUGAGUCACACUGCUGACAUGCAAACAAGGGAAGUGUUGAUGAAGUUAUCUGGAACUAUAGAAUGUGAGGGACCCAACCGCCAUCUCUAUGACUUCACUGGAAACUUGCACAUAGAUGGGAAAAGCCCUGUUCCCCUUGGGCCUGACCAGAUCUUAUUAAGAGGUACACAGCUUAGAAAUACUCAGUGGGUCUUUGGCAUAGUUGUUUAUACUGGACACGACACCAAACUCAUGCAGAAUUCCACGAAAGCACCUCUCAAAAGAUCGAAUGUUGAGAAAGUGACUAAUGUGCAGAUCCUGGUGUUGUUUGGCAUCCUCUUGGUCAUGGCCUUGGUGAGCUCAGUGGGGGCCCUGUACUGGAAUGGGUCUCAAGGUGGAAAGAACUGGUACAUCAAGAAGAUGGUGUAUAGCCUCUGCUGUUACUGUCAUUUUCCAGAAUUGACAAGAGAACCAUCCUCAGAUGAUUUUUGCCGGAUGCCUCCUACCCCUAGUGACUCAUGUGACUUUGAUGACCCCAGGCUCUUGAAGAACAUCGAAGAUCGUCACCCCACAGCUCCGUGCAUACAGGAGUUCCUCACCCUCCUGGCCGUGUGUCACACCGUGGUCCCCGAGAAGGAUGGAGAGAACAUCAUCUACCAGGCCUCCUCUCCAGACGAAGCUGCGUUGGUGAAGGGCGCUAGGAAGCUGGGCUUUGUCUUCACGGCCAGAACGCCAUACUCGGUCAUCAUAGAAGCGAUGGGACAGGAACAGACAUUUGGAAUCCUUAACGUCCUGGAAUUUUCUAGUGACAGAAAAAGAAUGUCUGUAAUUGUUCGAACUCCAUCAGGCCAACUUCGGCUCUAUUGUAAGGGGGCUGAUAAUGUCAUUUUUGAGAGACUAUCAAAAGAUUCAAAAUAUAUGGAGGAAACACUGUGCCACCUGGAAUAUUUUGCCACAGAAGGCUUGAGGACUCUCUGUGUGGCUUAUGCUGACCUCUCUGAGCGUGAGUAUGAGGAGUGGCUGAAGGUCUAUCAGGAAGCCAGCACCAUACUGAAAGACAGAGCUCAACGGUUGGAAGAGUGCUAUGAGAUCAUAGAGAAGAAUUUGCUGUUACUUGGAGCCACUGCCAUUGAAGAUCGGCUUCAGGCAGGCGUUCCGGAAACCAUAGCAACUCUGUUGAAGGCGGAAAUUAAAAUCUGGGUGUUGACAGGAGAUAAACAAGAAACUGCAAUUAAUAUAGGAUACUCCUGCCGGUUGGUAUCACAGAAUAUGGCCCUUAUCCUGUUGAAGGAAGAUUCUUUGGAUGCAACAAGGGCAGCCAUUACGCAGCACUGCACUGACCUUGGGAAUCUGUUGGGCAAGGAGAAUGACGUAGCCCUCAUCAUUGAUGGCCACACACUGAAGUAUGCGCUGUCCUUUGAAGUCAGGAGAAGCUUCCUGGAUUUGGCACUCUCCUGUAAAGCGGUCAUAUGCUGCAGGGUGUCUCCUCUGCAGAAGUCUGAGAUAGUGGAUGUGGUUAAGAAGCGGGUAAAGGCCAUCACCCUCGCCAUUGGGGAUGGUGCCAACGACGUUGGAAUGAUCCAGACAGCUCACGUGGGUGUAGGAAUCAGUGGGAAUGAAGGCAUGCAAGCAACCAACAACUCGGAUUAUGCCAUCGCUCAGUUUUCCUACUUGGAGAAGCUGCUGCUGGUCCACGGUGCCUGGAGCUACAAUCGGGUGACCAAGUGCAUCCUGUACUGUUUCUAUAAGAACGUGGUCCUCUACAUUAUCGAGCUUUGGUUCGCCUUUGUUAAUGGAUUUUCUGGGCAGAUUUUAUUUGAACGUUGGUGCAUCGGCUUGUACAAUGUGAUUUUCACCGCACUACCACCCUUCACGCUGGGAAUCUUCGAGAGAUCUUGCACCCAGGAGAGCAUGCUCAGGUUCCCACAGCUCUACAAAAUCACCCAGAAUGCAGAAGGCUUCAACACAAAGGUUUUCUGGGGUCACUGCAUCAACGCCUUGGUCCACUCCCUCAUCCUCUUCUGGUUUCCCAUGAAAGCGCUGGAGCAUGAUACUGCAUUGGCCAGUGGCCAUGCCACAGACUAUUUAUUUGUUGGAAAUAUUGUUUACACGUAUGUUGUUGUCACUGUGUGUCUGAAAGCGGGUUUGGAGACCACAGCCUGGACUAAAUUCAGUCAUCUGGCUGUCUGGGGAAGCAUGCUGAUCUGGCUGGUGUUUUUUGGCGUCUACUCAACCAUCUGGCCCACCAUUCCCAUUGCUCCAGAUAUGAAAGGACAGGCAACAAUGGUCCUGAGCUCCGCACACUUCUGGUUGGGAUUAUUUCUGGUGCCUACAGCAUGUUUGAUGGAAGACGUAGCAUGGAGAGCGGCCCAGCACACCUGCAAGAAAACGCUCCUGGAGGAGGUUCAGGAGCUGGAGACGAAGUCCAGAGUGAUGGGGAAGGCGAUGCUUCGGGACAGUAAUGGAAGGAGGAUGAAUGAACGUGACCGUCUACUGAAGAGGCUCAGCAGGAAGACGCCGCCCACUCUCUUCCGGGGAGGCUCCAUCCAGCAGUGUGUCCCCCAUGGGUAUGCCUUCUCUCAGGAAGAGCAUGGAGCUGUUACUCAGGAAGAAAUAGUCCGUGCUUAUGACACCACCAAAAAGAAAUCGAGGAAGAAAUAAGACGGGAGUCGUCCUGAUUGGUCCCAGGAAAGAGAUGCGGUUUGUUGCACCCAGUGUUAACACAUCUCUGUCAGAAGAGACUGGUGUCAGCAGCCAAAACACCAUAAAACCCAUUUCUGUGGCCUUAGCCAACCGGUUUGUUAGUUACACAUUCCCCCGCAAACCUGAAGUAGAUGCCGCAGGGGAAGCUGUUCUGCCCCUUCCAGUCCGUCCGCAGUGCUUGGCCUAACUCCUGUUUACGCUGUUAGGAAGCAUUCGACUGUGCUCUGUGAGGUGUGAAAUUAAAAACGCUCUGUUUCAUCAAUAUUUAAACAUCAGUACUAGUUGUUCUGGGAGAAAGGUAAGGGAGUUUUAUGUUGCGUGAGAAACCCAUCUUGUGGAAUUGGAGUGGGGGCAGGCUCCUUUCCUGUUUCAUUCGCUCACAGAUGAAGUCCACCAGCCGCAUGUGAACUCCGUUGUAGGCAGGUUGAUGCUUUGAUUCCUGUCUUGUUUGUACGAAGUGGGCAUAAACUUCUUGAUUGCGGUGAAAUCACAAAAAUGUCUAUCAUCAGGGUGAUAACCCUGAGAAUGCGUCUCUGAACCUCUUAGCCACACUCCCGGCAGGCGGAUCCGUGUUCUCCUAUUCUCCUGCACUCUUCCCAGGUGCCUUCCUGGCUGUCGGGCUUCCCUCAUCUCAGACCUUCUGCAUGGCUGACCGCUGUGCUCAGCGCAUGGCAGCUGGCGCGCAACUACCCAAAUGUGCACGAUUUCUUGUCCUAACACAGAUUCAGAUAUGAUGCGAGAUAUCCCCUCUGCCACCUCCCUUCUCCUCCCAUGACUAAGGAAAAGAAGCAUAGCUAUUCGAGUAUAUUCUCAAUGUUCAUCUGCCUCUUCCUGACCACAGAGAAGCCCGCAGGUCAGUGUGUGGUAGUUCGCGUCAGCGCUCCACUCUGGUCAGGCUCUCAAUACUUAUUCCCCAUCCUCCAGGCCACUGGACCUCGGGCAUUUACUUCAAUGAGACCCACACGUGUUUGUGCGGGAGUUCAAAGCCCAUUUUGGAUUUUCACUGUGGGAAACCAGUGAACAGAUAGCAUGUCUCCCCAGCGAAGGGACACACCUGUCACCCUGUAACUCUAAAAUCAGGCAGAAUGAGUGAACCCAGUGGGAGAGGAGGGGCCCCUGAGGCUGGUGGAGGAAGUUGACCAUCGAAGGGGACAGCGAGAGGCGAGGAACAUGGAGACCCGGGGAGGAGGACCGAGAGGACAUGUUAGCCAAGUCUUCCCAGUAGAUACCGAAAUCAAGCCCGGAAGCCUGGGCUAGACAAGACUUUGACAUGCAGUUUUAAUCAGUGAGAAUUCCAGACAUUUCAACAAAAUGCCCUUUUCUAUAUGGAUGAGGUUUCCAUUCUUAUCCAGUCAGUGGGAGACACAGGCACCUCUGAAAAGAAAGUGUCCUGACUCUAAGACAUGGAGGAGAAGUGCUGUGUCACUGACUUCCCAAACUGCGGAGUCCCACCUUCUAAAUUUGGACGGAACUUGCGUGCCCUCAGGCGUGAAUAUGAGCACCUGGAGCCCUUAAUAAAUGGCCAGCCUGGAGGCACGUUCUCUCCUCUCGGCUUUGGUUGCCAAACCAGAUUUUUGGAUGGCUUAACAUAAAUACUUCUGGACAGCUGUUACUGCUUAAAAUGGCACAGUUCUGGGGGAUGGCUGCACUAAAUUGGGAAAUAAAACAAUAGUGCACUUUCCUUCCUUAUCCUUUAUUUUUGGAGCAUCCACAUCUCGUUGGGCAUUGUAAUAACUUAAACUAUGUUUUGCAUUGACAAAGAAAACUAAUCCUUUACUUAUGAUGUGACCAGGAUCCAGGGAGGGCUUAAGGGGAAGCAGAAUAAUGCAGUGAACAGGUGAGGCUUAGAAAAUUGCCAUUCCUUCCUCCCCGAGGUGGUAAACCAUUUUUAAAUACUAGAGUACCCGGUGAGAUGAAUCCCUGAAGGACCAUCAUGUAGGAAUUACAACCCCCUGGAAUGUGCCUGGAAUUAACACACCAGACCGAGGUCUUCAUUGGACACCCAGAGAGAAGAUGUCCUAAAUAUAGAGGAGAGAUGAAAAUUUGAACUGAACGUGUAUUAGGCAUCCUGACUCUUUGGUUUCAUUUGGAACUAAGCCUCUGCAAAGGGGACUCAAACUCAUUCUUUGUCAGACACUUAGCUCUUUCUUAAACUUGAAGCCUUCUGAAUUAGAUUUGUGAAUUACAGUCUGCGUAUGUUUUGUUUGGGGCUUUUCAUUUUUUACUUUAUUUUUUACAUUAAAAUACAGUUCACAUUUUCUGAGAUUCAAGUAUAAUUUCCGAUUCUUUUGACAACUGGGCUUAACAGUGUUUACGAUAAUGAAAUGUGCACACAGAAGAAAACAUUGGAUGGAAUACCUUUCUAUUCUAUUAAUUCUCGUAUGCGAUUAAGUUAUUUGAUGGCCAAAUGACUACAUUGGGCUUCAAGGAGGAGCAGCUGUCACUGUGUGUGAUGUAUGAUAUUUAGCCGUGGCCAACUCGGGGGCUGUGUCAUUUGUCCUAUCUUCAAACUGAGGUCAGAGUGUCACACAGGCCCCUCCCCAGGGAGCAGGGUGGACUGGAGUAAGUUGCAUACUCUGGCUGUCAGCUCUGUGGAAAUGCCACAUGGGACUUGUCACUCUGCCUCAUGGUAAGUGACAUACGGGCUAGCAGGUCAUACUUGGUCAGCACUAUAGGGCCGGCCUCUGGAUUGGCUUAACGUAGCGGACUCCGCUGAGGCCGGGCCUUGGUCUGCUGUUGCACACGGACUGCCGACUCUUAUUUCAGAGAGUGUGUUCCGUUCUGGCCGAGUCUGUAGAAGGAAGAGAGCAGCCCUUCUGUGAGUUAGCUCUGAGUUCCACCACACGCCAACAUGGACCAUCAAGGGGGGGCCGGGGAAGUGCUCAUUAAAAAAGCGGGAUCGGAGAACAGAAUAAACCAACCAUUUCUGCCUGGUUGUCCAGAUUAGCACUUCGUUGCUGAUCAGAAUGGGCUUGAUCAUAAUUUUGGCGUGUGGCUGAUGUGUCCAUCCCGCCUCUCUGUGGAAUAUUCAGGACUUCCUGACCAGUGUUACAUUCUGCCAUCUCCUGGCACACGUAUGAUCAUUCUGGGGUGGCGGGGGUCAGUAGAGCAUAUAAAACCUGUGCUUUGGAGAAAGGAGAUGCCGUUGCUUUAACAUUCGUGGAGUCAUAUCCUAAAACGUGAACCUGAGUUUUGGCAGAGCAUGGCUGGGAACUCCGUUGACAUUUUCUUUUCCUUGACAAGGCUUCAAGUCUUGCUGUAGGGAGCUGGCAGUAAAAAUCAGUGAUAACGUGUCAAGAAGCAGUGAACAAUGAAAAAAAAGUGAGUAUGAGUAACUAAUGUCUGAAAAUGCAUAUAGAUGUAUAUAUUACAGGCUUUACAUUUGAAUAUUUUUAGAAGAAAGCUAUAGUCUGUAAUCUCCGUUUGUUAUAACAAUGACCCUUAAUCUCAUUUUUUGAAGAGAAUUUCUUAUCCUAUUUCUGUUCCUAGGGGUUUAUGUCUUAGACUAUACGUUGAAUAGAAUGUUUGCAAAACUCUGCAAGAGGAUAAGGUAGUCUUUGGCCUUGAACAUGGGAAGGAAAUGCACACAUUUCAGCUGGCAUUUGGCUUACUGCCAAGGGUCAUUGUCCCAAGAUAAUUCAAUGAGCGAUUCAGCCUCAGCAUUUGAAAGGUAGACUUCAUCUCCAGGGAUCCAUAAAAAAUGGGAACAGGGAAACUGUGGUGAAGCAGAGCCCGAAAUAAUCACCUGGCAAAGAAAUGAGUUUAUCAGGUCAAGGUAAAGGUUGGCAUCCCCCAUCACAUUCGUUAAAUACUUUCUUCAUGCCAAUGCUUGUAUUAGCAAAUUCAGUAAUGAUGGAGAUAGUGAAAGGACACCCAUCCCCCCUGAGAGGGGAAGCAUACAUCAGUUGGCUUUGUUGCUGUUUCUCCAUUGGCUGAAGACAGUUGUUGUCUCAGUACAGCCUUGGCGGAGAGUAGCCUCAUCCUGGCCACUUUCCCAUCCUCAGGGGCAAUGAGGAUGGUGAGAGUGGUUUCCCGUGGGUCUUAGAGGUGAGAGUCCAAGGUCCCCCAGAAUGUAUUAAUAAGUAUCCCCAAAAGGAAUAGACCUGAAAUACUCUACCUUGAUGUGUUGUACUCGUCAUUUAUUUUUUUCUCAGCAACCCGUGUUGUCCCGUAGUACACAUUUCCCUCGACAUUACAAGAGCUUCAUUGAAUGCCAAGCCUCCCCUAGCACUCUGUGGAAAGCUCUGUCUUAGCUUGUUGGGUCUGAGUGUGGCCAACCGGCAUGCAGUCUUCAACGGGAAGAAAAGGCUACUACUGAGCCAACAGUGUUCAGAAGCUGUGAAACAAAAGGGGGCAGAAAAGAGGCGAGCUCACCCUGUUACCCCACCCUGGGCAUAAUCCAUAGCUGUUAACUCUGACAAACACCUCUGCUCCCCUGACUAAGGGGAGACAAAAGAGUGAUUCUUUUACACCGGGCUGGCUCAUUUUCAAUGACAAUCUCUUGCCCUAGUUGCCUUAGAGACAUCCACUCUGCUCUUUCUCUCAGGCUCCAGACCAAGAAAAACAUGCUCCCAAGAUUAGCCCAUCCGCAUUUCUUUUGACCUGGCUAAAGAAAGAAAGGAGACCUGUUCCUUUUACAAGUCAGGAACAAAGUGUCAGGUGGCUUUGAUUUAUGACAGAAAUAGGAAGAAGAAAGUUGAGGUAAUAGCGCUAUCCAAAUAACCCUGCCCAGGAAACUGAGGGGUCAAGAGAGCUUAUCAAGAGCCUUUUAUAGGCAGGCUCUUCCGUAUGGCAGAGAAGGGGCCAGACGGAGGGGGACAGCCUGAAGGUGAGGAUGUGAACCCACUUCUUCCAGUGACGUUGGAUUCAUUCCCCCCUCCCGAAGACCGCCACGAAACUACAGAUGGAUCAGUAAACACCAGUUAAAAAGUGGAAAAAGAAAAUCUGCCCUGUCCGAGGGCUUCUCUCCUUCCCACAAGAUCCCUGCACAAGUAGAUAUUUUGCAGGUUUGUUAUUAAUAAAAUGAGUGUGUGUGCUGACACGUGCAUUCCUCCACCAUCCUUCUCCCAUGUUGCCGGUGAUUGCUGAGUUCAGAAGUGUGCCUGGCUGCUUCCCUAGGAAGCCUCCCUCCGCAGGGCCCUGCUACCAGCUGCAGCCCAGCCAGCUGAAGGGGUGGGGCCCGCGGGGGCUCCGCCAGGAGUGGCCAGGUCUGCAGCCUGCCUGCGUCAUCCUUCCCGCAGGUCACUGAAUUGCUGUCUGAAUGCAACAUCUUUUGGUAUCUUUCUCAUGCCUGCAAAGCCGUGUGCCCUCCUGUCUGCUGUCACAUCUGUGCUCAUAUUGUUUAAAUAUUGUUUGCGACAGGGAGAUUUUAAUCUGGUUAUGCAGAGGGAAGCGGGGCUGUGGGGGCACAUUUAAUUGGCUCCCAGCAGAGUAGUGAGCGUGUCUAUGGAGUGUGGGGUUUUUUGUUCCCUCCCUCUAGAAGUGUUACCAUUUUCACGUCCUGUUAAUGUCCUCUGGUUGUUAAAUUACAGCCGCACGUUAGAGCGGAGCUGGGCUCCCUCCUGGAGUGAAUACAAAUGAAGGGCAUUUACUUGUAUUUUUAGAGGUUUUGGAAAAUGUAGUGAUUUGUGGCUUUGAUCAAUUCUGUUGACUGGUAUAUGUCUGCACAAACCUGUUUCAAAUAAAUCUUUUGUUAAAUGAUUGGACCGUGUUUUAUUUUGGAAUUUUCUCUUGCACUAAUAAGCAGUUGCUGCCGUAGGGACUUGGGGCGUAAUACAGAGGUUCUGUCAGCAGGUGCAGGCCAUGUAUACACUCUGCCCCAAGAGCUGAUGGCCAAGGAAACGCUGUUCAGUGGAGGAGCGCAGAAAAAUGUGAACUGUAGAUUAGCAUGAGCUCUGCCAGUCCCGGGACCCCUCGUGAGAGCAGAGUACAAGAGGCCACAAUGAAUGUGGGUUGAUCACACAAUGGAAAGAACCAAGCAUCUAAGGGCUUCUCCCAUCAGUUAUUGGACUCCCCUUGGUUUAUCUCCGUUUCCCUGCAAACUGAGAUGUGAAAAGUUCAAAUUCUGUUGUCAAGCAUGAAAUGACAACACCGUCAUUGAAGGGGUGCCGAACAUGCUACCCAAAGUAUGCCUCUCUGACAUAUUAUUUUGAAUUGAAGGCCAUUGAGAAACAGCAGAUGCAGGGACGGCUCUCUGACCUCCCCCUUCUACCUAAAAGCAGGUCAUAACAUUGCCACUGAGAAAGGUACGCUCCCUGCACAGGGAAGAGAAUGUUCUUAUCACUGGAGACGGGGUGGACGCUGGAUGGACCUGUACGAACGAACCUACUGAAAUAACCCUGACCUUCCAUUCGUUUCCCCUGUAUCUUUCCCAAGGAAGGUCCUACAGUUUACUGCCACAGCCAGAGCCCCUUUGUCCGGUCCCAUUCCCAAUUUCUCUCUCUUUGUGUGAAAAGGUGUAUAAGCUUCUAGAUCUAAUGGCUUCUCAGUGUC